AUGGCAGGCAACACGCGCGGAAAGGGAAGAGCCACCCCCCAGGCCAGCUCAUCACGAAGGACAGUACUCGAAGACUUCGAAGAUACCGAGACCCAGACUCCCGACCAACAAACAGAAGGAGAGUCCCCCACCAUGAGAGACCAGCUAGCACCUGGAACGCCCGCCCCCUCUAGCAUGGACCCCCAACAGUUCCAGGCCCUGAUGAUGCAGGCCAUGACCAACUUUUCCACUGGCCUAGGCACCCUUGGCGUCACCCUAGCCAACCUCGGAACUCAAGGAGGGCCGCUGCGGGCAAAAGACGACCGACCCCCUGCUUACGCGGUCAGCAAGUUAAAGUUCGACGCCUCUUUCCAAGACCGGGAAGAUUGGCUCCAAGCGGUGGAGCAAGGAAACGCCACACGCCAGGACCGGCCUCAGUGGCUUCAAGUCCAAUGGGCCAGUACCUGGAUGGAACCGGAAACACAGCAACAGUGGCGGGCCUACCAGAAGCAGCUCCACGAGGGGGACUUUGAACAAAUCACAUGGCAAGAGUUUGAGGACUACGUCAGCUCCGACUGCCUCGGUAGCAAGUCCGGAGAGGUCCAGGCUCACAAGGACUGGCUAGUAUGCAACCAACGCGGCAGGUCCCCUCAGGAAUUCUACCGGGAGUGGGCUGCACUAGUCCGCCGCCUCCCAGGCAUGGAAAUCAACAGCACCUUCAUGGCCCGGGACUACUGGAUCAAACUCGACCGCUUUUACCACAACCGGUACGCCGAGGCCGUCCCUAAUGUUACCUCGGCCAAGGACUGUGCCGAAUGGUGUGAGCGUAUUUGGCUGGCCAGGUUGUACACCCGGAAUGGCAACGACCGGGACGCACAUCGCAAGAGGCUAGGCUCUCCCACCAACCUUGGCGAAGCCCGAAAACUACCUCGCACUACGGAGGACGCGUACUCCGGACUACGCCACGAUAAAGCCCGGAUCCAACGAAGGGAACUCCGAGAUCUACCAACGCGGAACCCCUUUACCUCCGGCAGACCUGCCACCCAGACGCCACCAGCCACCGGAUCCAACACUCAGGCGCCACUCCGUAAUAGGGAGCCUAUCACAUGCUACAACUGCGGAAAGCAAGGCCAUGUACAACGCCAAUGCACCCUUCCACGGGCAGAGGCCCGACCCGGCCCGGGAGCCCGGAUCCAGAAUAUCGGGAUCGAGGACGAUAGUGACCACGGGAGCCGGUACCUCGCCCCCUCCGACUCCGAGGACGAUUCGGAAAACGAGAGGCGGUAG